CACUGGCGCCGCAUGCUUCGCAUCCUCGAUUAUGACUAAUGGCGCCUAGCACGGGCACCACUGGACACCCCUCGGCGGGCCAAUCGGCGCAGCAGGCGUCAUUAAAUACAUUUUCGUCGCCAUCUUUGCGACCUGUGUUGCGGCUGCCUUCGUCUUCCCUCUCCCGUACCAGUCAUGCUGCGCUCCGCUCGGUGGCAGCUUCGGAAUCCCCGGAGUGCUCCUCUCAACCAUAUACCAUCACGAAAUGUCUUCCGCAGAGGAUACGCCGCGAUUACCGAUCUGUCAAGCUUCCCCAAACCUGGGGAGCAACUCCAUGGCUUCACUCUCAAGCGCAUCAAGCAGGUUCCGGAGCUCGAGCUGACCGCGCUGCAACUCCAGCACGACAAGACCGGCGCCGACUAUAUCCAUAUUGCGCGGGACGACACGAAUAAUGUCUUCUCCAUUGGAUUCAAGACCAAUCCACCAGAUGACACCGGAGUGCCGCACAUUUUGGAGCACACAACGCUAUGCGGCAGCGAGAAGUAUCCCGUUCGCGACCCAUUCUUCAAGAUGCUCCCGCGGUCCCUCUCCAACUUCAUGAAUGCGUUUACCUCGUCGGACCACACAACCUACCCGUUCGCUACUACGAAUGCGCAAGACUUCAAGAACCUCAUGUCCGUAUACCUCGACGCGACGCUGCAUCCUUUGCUGAAAGCCGAGGAUUUCACGCAAGAGGGAUGGAGGAUAGGACCGGCGAAUCCUUUGGCUGUGCAAGCGGAAGGCGGAGAAGAUGCGAAGCGACUGGUCUUCAAAGGUGUGGUCUACAACGAGAUGAAGGGCCAGAUGUCGGACGCAAGCUACCUCUUCUACAUCAGGUUUCAGGACCACAUGUUCCCGGCGAUCAACAACUCCGGAGGCGAUCCCCAGAAAAUUACGGACCUUACUUGGGAGCAACUGAGGAAAUUCCAUGGCGACCACUACCAUCCCAGCAAUGCGAAGCUCUUGACAUACGGAAACAUGCCAUUGAGCGAGCAUCUAAAAGAGAUCGAUGCUCGCUUGAGCCGCUUCGACAAGAUUUGCGUCGACCACGACAUCAAGGGACCAAUCGAACUAGAUGAGCCCAAGCACAUCACGGUUCCAGGUCCCUUGGAUCCCCUUGUUCCUCCGGAUAGGCAAUACAAAACCUCCGUCACCUGGUUGAUGGGCGACACAGCAGACAUCGUCGAGAACUUUUCCCUUGGCGUCUUGAGUAAUCUUCUAAUGGACGGAUAUGGUUCGCCACUAUACCGAAACCUCAUCGAAUCUGGACUAGGCGCGGACUUUAGCCCAAACACUGGUUAUGAUAGCGCUGGGAAGCGAGGAGUAUUCUCGGUCGGCCUGAAUGCAGUCAGGGAAGAGGACGUGCCGAAGGUCCGAGAGGCAAUUGCUAAGACGUUCCUCGAAGCUCGUCAGAACGGCUUCGACAAGAUCAAGGUCGACGGUAUCCUCCACCAACUAGAGCUCUCGCUGAAGCACAAGACCGCGCAUUUCGGGAUGAACAUUAUGCAGAGACUAAAGCCCGGUUGGUUCAACGGCGUGGAUCCGAUGGAUGCGCUCGCAUGGCAGGACACCGUGGACGCCUUCCAAGAAAGAUACGCCAAAGGCGGUUACCUAGAAAGUCUGCUGGACAAAUACCUCCUAAACGACAAGACGUUGACGUUUACGAUGACGCCAUCCGAGACUUUUAGUCAGGAAUUGACGGAUGAAGAGAACAAGCGACUAGCAGAGAAGAUUCUAGAGACAACCAAACAGUUCCCAAGUGAACAGGAGGCGCAAAAGUACUUGGAGCAACGAGAGCUUGAGCUUCUGGAGGUGCAAGAGAAGGCAAGAAACCAAGACUUAAGCUGUUUGCCUACUGUCCAUGUCAAAGACAUCCCGCGAGAGAAGGAGAGGAAACCCCUUCGCCACAGCGACAUCGGAGAUGUGAGCCUUCAAUGGCGGGAGGCUCCUACAAAUGGCUUGACCUACUUUCGCGCUAUUCACAGGCUCCAGGAUCUACCCGACGAAUUAAGAGAGAUGAUCCCGCUGUUCACGAGUGCCGUAAUGCGCCUCGGCACUCGGAACAAGACUAUGGAACAACUCGAAGAACUCAUCAAGCUCAAGACAGGCGGUAUCUCAGUCGGUUAUCACGCGUCGCCUUCCCCCCUCUCCAUCAGCUCGUUCGAAGAGGGUCUUUCUUUUACGGGCUACGCUCUGGAUCGAAACAUACCGGAUAUGUACGAGCUUCUUAGGAUGGUCAUCAUGGAGACCAACUUCGAUGGCCCCGAAGCUGAGAAAAACAUUCGAGAGCUGCUGCAAAGUUCAGCAAGUGGCGCCAUCAAUUCCAUAGCCGAAUCUGGACACGCUUUUGCCCGCACAUUUGCGGAGGCCGGCCUAACACCGGUUGGCAGGCUGAACGAGCAAACUGGAGGCCUGUCCCAAGUCAGGCUUACAACACGCCUUGCAUCGCGUACUUCCUCAGAGUCACUGAGCGAUGUCAUUCAGAAACUGAAGACUAUCCAGUCUUUUGCCAUCGCGAACAGCAGUCAGCUUCGCGUCGCCCUCAACUGCGGACAUGAAAGCUCUACGCCGAACCAGGAAGCACUGCGCCGCUUUCUUGACAGCCUACCAAAGAAGGUAGCUGGUCUAGCAACUUCCCCGCAAAGCCAAUAUCCCCGCAACUCAAAGUCCUUCUUCCCGUUGCCGUACCAGGUCUACUACUCUGCAAGGGCUGUUCCGACGGUCCCAUACGUCGAUGCCUCGGGCGCUCCUCUGGAGAUCCUAGCCCAGCUGUUGACGCACAAGCACCUUCAUCACGAGAUCCGAGAAAAGGGCGGUGCGUACGGAGGCGGAGCAUACUCUCGCGCUCUUGGUGGGCUGUUCGGUAUGUACAGCUACCGCGAUCCAAACCCUCAGAAUACCAUGAAGAUUAUGGUUGAGGCUGGUCAAUGGGCUCAAGACCACAAGUGGACAGCCCGGGACCUCGAAGAGGCUAAGCUUAGCGUCUUCCAAGGCUAUGACGCCCCGCAAAGCGUCAGUCAGGAAGGCAUGAGGCUGUUCUUGUCUGGUAUAACAGACGACAUGCUCCAGACGAGGAGAGAACGCUUGCUAGACGUCACCGCAGAGCAAGUCCAGGACAUUGCGGACAAGUUCCUGGUUCAGCGCGCUUCGGAAAGCAGCGUUGCUAUUUUGGGCGAGAAGAGAGAUUGGGUGAGCGCAACCAACGGUUGGGAGAUCCGCGACUUGGGCAUGGCCGAGAAGAUCGAGAAGAUGGCGCAACAAAUGCCUGAGGAGGCAGUUGCUGCGGCCUAAUGUUCUUCGUAUGUAUGAUCCUGUACGCCUUUGUAAUUUUGUAUAUCGCUUGUACACUACCCAACUCUAGCAUCAUUGGCGCAGG